AUGGUGUACGACCACCGUCCGGCGCCCUCGCUUCCCCCUUUCGUCGCCACAGCUCCCAUCGCGUCCCCCUCCCAUCGCCCUCGUUCCCCCUCCCAUCGCCCUCAUUUCCCGCUCCCAUCGCCCUCGCUUCCCCCGCCCAUCGCCCUCGCUUCCCCCUCCCGUCGCCCUCGUUUCCCCCUCCCGUCGCGCUCGCUUCCCCCUCCCGUCGCCCUCACUUCCCCCUCCCGUCGCCCUUGCUUCCCCCUCCCGUCGCCCUUGCUUCCCCCUCCCGUCGCCCUCGCUUUGCCCUCCCGUCGCCCUCGCUUCCCCCUCCUGUCGCCCUUGCUUCCCCCUCCCGUCGCGCUCGCUUCCCCCUCCCGUCGCGCUCGCUUUCCCCUCCCGUCGCCCUUGCUUCCCCCUCCCGUCGCCCUUGCUUCCCCCUCCCGUCGCCCUCGCUUUGCCCUCCCGUCGCCCUCGCUUCCCCCUCCUGUCGCCCUUGCUUCCCCCUCCCGUCGCGCUCGCUCCCCCCUCCCAUCGCCCUCGCUCCCCACUCCCAUCGCCCUCGCUCCCCCCUCCCAUCGCCCUGCUCAUUCUCCCGUCGCCCUCUCUUUCCCGGCUCACCCUAUUUCCCAUGCUCAUUCUCUCCCCCCCGGCUCACUCUGUCUGUCUCCCCUGCUCAUUCUCUUCCCCUUCCCCCCCCCAAUCCCCCACCCACUCUUCCUCCAGUUGCUGGUUCACUUGCGCUAA